AUGCCUAAAAAAAGUCAACAUAAAAAGAAAUUAAAGCAGGAGGACUUUAAGAAAACAAAACUUAAAGUUGGCAAAAAGAAAUUACCUGCCACUAACUUGACAAAUGUCUCAUUUAAAUCACAAACAAUCAUUCUGCCUAAUCAAAGUAUUACAGAAGAUAAAUCAAGCGAAUUGACUAAUUCGAGAAGAUUAACUUUAAAUGAUUUAUUGAUUCAAUUAAGACAUUAUAACCCUGGAUCACGAAGGGAUGCUAUACAGGGUCUCGCUGAUUAUUUUCACCGAUAUCCUUUUAUGCUUCCAAGAUCAUUGAGUAACGUGAUAAAUGCUACUGUUCGUCUCCUAGUUGAUGAAGAUAUAAGUGUAAGAAAAUCACUCUUUUCUUUCUUUCAAGAGUUUCUACCGGCUCUGAAUAAGAUGGAUUUAAUACCAUUUCUUCCACUUCUUAUUAUAUAUACGUGUUCUGGGAUGACUCAUAUUUAUGAAGAUAUAAGAAUUGAUGCUCUCAAAUUUAUGAAUAUUUGGUUAUCAAUUGCGCCAGAAGUAGUAGUAAAUGGAUUUUGGGAUAAGAUUCUUCCGAACUAUAUUAGCUUUUUGACAUCAAAUCCAAAUGUAACGGAAUUUUCAAAUUCAUCUUUUUCAGCGAUUAUUAUUCCUUUAACAAAUUCAUCAUCACUAGUAAAUUCACGAAAUGGAAUGUUAUCUCAAGAAGUGAAAAUUGACGCUCUUAAAAGUUUUCAAGUUUUUUUGGAAGCGGGAAUGCUAAAUGAUGUCAGUUCUCACUGGUAUUUUAUGAGCUUGUUGUCAACCGGAUCUCUUAAUCAACAGAAAAAUGAAUCAGAAAUCAUUGUAAAUUGGGAUGAGCGACAUGGGCAGGUCUUUUAUUCACCACCUCAUCCGCUGAUCGGAUCGCUUUUACCGAAUAUAUUUACAAGUUCCGGUUCAGAUGUUUCAAAACAACUUAAUUUAUUCGAUGCUUCUGAAUCUACAUCAACAAUAGACAAGAAAAGUGAUCGAAUAAAUUUAAAUUCAACAACAAUGAAAUUUCAAUUCGAUUCUGGCCCUGGAGAUUCUGAUAAUAAUACAAAAAAUAUAUCUGCUAUAGGCCGUCUGUCAGGAUCUAAGAGUCUUUUGGAUUCUAUACAUCCACUGCUUAUUUCCAUGUGGCUUGAUGCAGCACCCUCAGUUUUUGCGUCAUCUAAUUUAAAUAUUCGUGAUACCUCUGCUCUUCAUAUUCUUCAUCUUAUAUUGAAUAUUAUGAAAAUUUUAUGGAGAACAAUUUUACUUACGCCUGCAAAGGAAACCAAAGAAUUUAUAACACCAUAUUGGAAUCAACUAUUCAAAUAUUUGGUCGUCUAUUUUCCUUUUGGCUGGGAAACCAAUAUGCAUGAUAAUAAGGUUGAAUCAAUUCUUUUGGAAAUGAAUAUCAUCUUUAGUGAGAUGGCUUCAUCAUACAUAUUUAUAAUUAGUGAAAACAAAUUCAUAAAUCAAAAAGGGUUACCCUCUCAUCACCACAAAUCUGAUAAUAAAGGCAUCCAAGAUUCCGAAACAAAAUUGACGGUUUCGCAUCUCAAUACUAUAGAUCAAAUAGUAAAAUAUGUAUUACGUAUUCUUGGAUACUCGGGAAACAAUAACGACACUAGAAUGAUGUCAAGUGCAACGAUCAAUGUCAAGCCAGAGCUUUUAUCAUCGCUACUUCCUACCAUCACGUGUUUACUUAACUGUAUUGAUCAAGACCAACAAUUGAUUGUGUUUCAGGCAUUCAUUGAUUAUUCGAAACGAUGCCAUUCUCAAUCCACCGCAAAGAGAAUCUGUAUUGAAUUCGUGGCUGAUGUUUUUGAGUUACAAAUCCAUCCACUAUAUACUGGUAAUUUCAAAAUUCAAUCUAACAAAGCUCUAUCUUCAUUAAUACAAACAUGGCUAUUGAGCUUACCAAAAAUAUUGUGGGAACUUAAAUUAAAUAAUCUUGAAACAAGUAAAAAAAUUCUACAAAUAAUGUGCGAUAUCAUUAAACGAGGAUUAAUUGGUUCCUUUGAUGCGAAGAUGUAUGAUCAAAUUCAAAUGGCUUUGGUACCUUUUCUUGUCGUGCAUCUAUCAAAUAAAGGACCAAUAUAUGGCCCAUUCAUCAAUUUACCAACACUUAGUCAACGAAAAUUUUUGGAAUUCUUAUUUUAUUGUCCACAUCUUAACGAUAAGCUCACAGUAGCAUUGAGUGAGGUUUUACUUAAUGAACAAAUAGAAAUCCAAAUCAAAAAUUAUGCUGCUAUGACAGUGACAUAUAUUUUAGAGGAUGAGGAUAGAGCUGGAUCUUGA